GACGGUCAGGCCAAGAUGAAUUCCUGUUGCUGCAGAUCGCAUAGCGAUCGCACGGAUCCCAUGGCCUGUCUUCCACAGUUUCCUCGUCUCCAGCGUGUCCAAAGUUGUAGGCCAUAUUUAGAAGGACGCAAGGCCAGCUGUUGUAUGUCCAGCGAGAGACGAUGGGGUCAGAGGAAUGGAGGCAUGAUCCAAUUGUUGGCCAAGAUGGUGAACAAAUCCAGCAAUACGGUCUGUCAGUUUCUCCAUCAGCUGACCCUCCAGCUUUUCGCAAGAAUCUUGUACCCUUUGAUGUUAGGUUGGAAUACGCUCAAGAUACCAUUUGUCCUUCCCGAUACCUGUGAGCUUUACUAUGGGAUCUUUGAUGAAUGUGGUGACCUGAGGAAGUCCAUUCGCACUAGGACAUUGCUCAUUCUCGUAUCGAUGAUGCAAUACUUUUUGAACCUUCCCAAGGGAUGUAUGAGAAAUAGUAAAUGCCCAGGUUGCAGGAAUAAUGAUGAUAGUCUGAAGAAUAUUCACAAUCCUGGUUAUUGUGGCAAAAAUGCUAUGACUCCUUUCUCGGGAUCUGCUUCGACGAGUAGAGUACCAUCGCUUGGCAGUGAAGUGCGGGCAGGACUCAGACGAUUGGGAUACGAAAGCUAUGGCAGUAUAGAGAGUUAUCCUUCGGAUGAAUCUAUACCAUAUGGUUAUGCCCCCUAUCGAUGUCCUUGUCAGGCUGGCUUACCUAAGCCUAAGAGGAUUUUGACUAAUCCUUAUGCUAAUAUGGGAUCAUUGGCUAUAGAGAGGGCCUGUUCGAAUGAGCUAGGUAGUCCCAUGCUAGCUGCUGAUUGCAUUCAGAGGCCUCCAGUGGCACCCAGUUCACGUCAAGCAGCCCGACUCAUGCACAUCACUCAACUCUCUGAUCUAUAUGCUGCAGUUGUACAAAACCAACAUUCUAGACAAUUACUAGCAGAAGGACAGCGUCCCAAGCAAAGAAUAAUACCCUGUACUGAAAACAGGGGCAGAUUCUCAGGUGGCUUCAUGGUUCCAGAGCCCUAUUUCAAUGGCAUGCCUUGGAGUUGGCUGCACAGGAAUCCACAGCGAAUGGUUCGUCUACCAAGUGGCGGUCUACCAAUGGAAAUACCACGUUAUAGACGCCAGCCGUUGGAUGAAAUGUAUGAUAGUUUUAGAAGCAAAUAUGAGGAUAUGAGCAGGCAGGUUAACCCCUUCAAGGAAAAUAGUCUCUUGCGUAUUCAAAACUAUGGAUCUGAGAACAGAUUCCAAUCCAUUAGCUGGGCGAACAAAAUCUUUAAUCUUCAAAAACUUCCGAUUAAAAAUAUGUCGAACAAUUUCAGACAAAUUCCGAUUGAAGAUAAAUGGAAAAUGAGGUGGGAUGAGGUCUUAUUAAAGAAGGUAAAUCAAGCUAGGCAAACAAAUAGUGCAUAUAACUAUUGGAAGGAUAUGAUGGAGAGAAAUCAAUUAAGAACAACAUUCGAUCAUGAUAGAAACGAUAUUCUAAGUAUACGCAAUCCAAUAUUUCAACCUAAAGAUAGAACUUAUUCUGAAAGUCUACGUAUGAUAAGGCAGAAAAGUAGUAACUCUCUAAGAUCAGCAAGUCAAGAUCAGAAGAAAACAAUACGGAAUCAAAAUAAAACAAAAGCAAAAACUAGGGAAAGUAUUUUUCCUCAAAUCAAAAGAAAACCAAUUUUCGCAGUACAAAGAGAUCAACACCGAAACGUUUUAAAUAGACGGAUAGACAUCAGAGGACACCAAUAACAAAUCUGUAGAUGAUGCCCUGCGAUUAGCAAGGAGAGAAGAGUAUAGCGACCGAAAAUAUCCUAAACCCGAGGCGUAUAGAAGAGAAAGGGCUAAAGAACUCUCUAGAAAUCGCUGG